UCUAAUGGCCGUUCGCUGUCCAUGGUGUUGAAAAUCACGGCUCGCUGCGAACGAUGUAACGGCAAUGAAACAAAGGAACGGGUUCGGCGACCAACAGCACCACCAUGGACGAUGAUUUGUUCCAGUUAAGACAGCUGCCCAGUGUGGUAAAGUUUCGGCGCACAGGCGAGAGCGCUCGUUCAGACGAUGAGUGCGGCACAAGGGAUCAGAUGAUGCAGGUGGAGGGGGGGCAAAUGGACAUGGGCUCUGUGGCCCUGGCUGAUGGAGCUCCAGUACCCAGAGAGUUCGCCAACCCCACCGACGAUACCUUCAUGGUGGAAGAUGCGGUGGAGGCCAUUGGCUUUGGCAUGUUCCAGUGGAAACUCUCCAUCCUUACAGGACUCUCCUGGAUGGCAGAUGCUAUGGAGAUGAUGAUCCUCAGUAUCCUGGCCCCGCAGCUGCACUGUGAGUGGAGACUGCCCAGCUGGGAGGUGGCGCUGCUCACAUCGGUGGUGUUUAUUGGAAUGAUGAUCAGCUCUUCGUUAUGGGGGAACAUAUCUGAUAAGUACGGGCGGAAAACAGGUCUGAAGAUGAGUGUGUUGUGGACUCUGUUCUAUGGAAUCCUCAGCGCAUUCGCUCCUAUUUAUGGCUGGAUUCUGUUCCUCCGAGCUUUGGUCGGCUUCGGAAUUGGAGGAGCUCCACAAUCAGUGACACUGUAUGCUGAGUUUCUCCCCAUGCAAUCCAGAGCCACAUGCAUUCUGCUGAUUGAGGUGUUCUGGGCGUUGGGGACAGUGUUUGAGGUGCUGCUGGCCAUCCUGGUGAUGCCGACGUUGGGCUGGCGCUGGCUGCUCGCCCUCUCCACCAUCCCCCUCUUCAUCUUCACCAUCCUCUGCUAUUGGCUGCCUGAGAGUGCUCGUUAUGAUGUUCUGUCGGGGAACCAGGAGAAGGCUCUGAACACACUCAAACGUAUCGCGACAGAGAACAGGGUCCCCAUGCCUCUGGGCAAACUCAUAGUGGCCAGACAGGAGGAUCGAGGAAAAAUUAAAGAUCUGUUCUUGCCGCACUUCCGCUGGACCACCGUUCUCCUCUGGUUCAUAUGGUUCUCCAACGCAUUCUCCUACUACGGCCUUGUACUGCUCACCACAGAGCUUUUUCAGGAGGGCAGGGCCUGUGGAGAGGCCAGUGACAGUAAGACAGAGCCAAGAUGUAAUCUGGAGUGCAAGUACCUGAACUCGGAUGAUUACAAAGACCUGCUGUGGACUACGCUGUCUGAAUUCCCAGGUCUUCUGGUGACGCUGUGGGCGAUUGACAAGCUGGGCAGGAGGAAGACGAUGGCUCUGUGCUUCCUCGUCUUCUCACUGUGCAUCGUGCCGCUCUAUGCCUGCGUGGGCAGGACUUCUCUAACGGUCUUGAUCUUCAUUGCGAGGGCAUUUAUCGCCGGAGGCUUCCAGGCAGCUUAUGUUUAUACACCUGAGGUGUAUCCCACGGCGACACGGGCGCUUGGUCUGGGCACCAGCAGUGGCAUGGCUCGGGUCGGAGCUCUAAUCACACCCUUUGUGGCCCAGGUCAUGUUGGAGUCAUCGGUGUACCUGACACUUUCGGUGUACUGUUGCUGCUGUCUGCUGGCCGCUGUGGCCUCCUGUGCCCUGCCCAUUGAGACCACAGGUCGCGGCUUGCAGGAGUCCAGCCACAGGGAGUGGGGGCAGGAAAUGAUGGGCCGAGCAUCCAACCACAGUCCAGACGCCAUCCCCCGCUCCAGCUCCGGAUCACAGAAUUGAAAGAGGGAAGAAUGGAGGCAGACGAGAAAGGAGGCAAAACUUAGAGGGCAACUCAGAUGAGACCAUAUUGGGGAGAAAAUAUGAAGAAAAUUGAGUCAAACAACAAAGUCUGAACCAGGCUAGACUGCCGGAAAGGACAGUGAUA